AAAGCUGGCCCAGCCCUGGCUCUCAGCACACCCAGCUGGGCCUGACACCCUCCUGGAGCCUCCUCAGGGGACACACCCACCCUGCUCUUCACUGCCAUGUGCCCCCUGUGGCUCUGCUGGGCACUCUGGGUGCUGCCCCUGGCUGGCCCCGGGGCGGCCGUGACCGAGGAGCAGCUCCUGGGCAGCCUGCUGCAGCGGCUGCACCUCCGCGAGGCGCCCGUCCUGGACAGGGCCAACGUGGAGCGGCUGGCCAUCCCUGCCCACGUGAGGGCCCAAUACGUGGCCCUGCUGCAGCGCAGCCACGGGGACCGCUCCCGCGGGAAGAGGUUCAGCCAGAACUUCCGAGAGGUGGCCGGCAGGUUCCUGGUGUCCGAGGCCGCGCUGCACAGGCUGUCCCCGCGCAGCACCCGGGCCCUGGUCACCAUCGAGUGGCUGCGCGUCCGCGACGAUGGCUCCAACCGCACCUCCCUCAUCGACUCCAGGCUGGUGUCCCUCCACGAGAGCGGCUGGAAGACCUUCGACGUGACCGAGGCCGUGAACUUCUGGCAGCAGCUGGGCCGGCCCCGGCAGCCGCUGCUGCUGCAGGUGUCGGUGCAGAGGGAGCACCCGGGCCCGCAGCCCUCCAGCGCCCACAAGCUGGUGCGCUUCGCCUGGCAGGGGACGCCGGGUGCCGGGCAUGGGGAGCCCCAGCUGGAGCUGCACGCCCUGGACCUCGAGGACUACGGAGCUCAGGGUGAUUGUGAUUCUGAGGCGCCAGUGACCAAGGGCACCCGCUGCUGUCGCCAGGAGAUGUACAUUGACCUGCAGGGGAUGAAGUGGGCGGAGAACUGGGUCCUGGAGCCCCCGGGCUUCCUGGCCUACGAGUGUGUGGGCACCUGCCAGCAGCCCCCGGAUCCCCUGACCUCCAAGUGGCCGUUUCUGGGGCCACGGCAGUGCAUCGCGUCGGAGAUGGCCUCGCUGCCCGUGAUCGUCAGCAUCCAAGAGGGAGGCAGGACCAGGCCCCAGGUGGUCAGCCUGCCCAACAUGAGGGUGCAGAAGUGCAGCUGUGCCUCGGAUGGGGCGCCCAUGCCAAGGAGGCUUGAGCCGUAGGCGCCUGGUGCAGCCACUGAG